CUCAUCUGCCAGAGCAACACGCUGCAAACCCCAGCUCUCCAGCUUCUGUCUGACGCCUACCUGUCUCAGGAUCCAGGAAGGGAUUUUCAGAAGCACAGAAGCACAGACGUGCGCACACACACACUAACACACACACACGCACACACACACACACACACACACACACACACACACACACACACAGCUAUGAUCCCAGGAAAGACGGGAGCCUUGGGACUCCACCCCCAGGAACCCCUCCCGGUGGUUAUCAUUGGUAACGGGCCUUCUGGAAUCUGCCUGUCCUAUUUCCUGUCUGGCUACAGGCCAUAUGUUAGAGAGGAAGUCUCCCACCCCAACCCCAUCCUGCACAGGAAACUUCAGGAGCUUUCUGGGCAGCCGCUUCUGGAGCAGGAUCUGGAGUACCUGUCUGAAGGUCUGGAUGGGCGCACCCCCAGCCCGCUGGGCCUGCUGUUCGACGCCCUGGUCCGGCCGGAGGGAGACCUGGGGGGGUCGGCCGAAUCUCUGCUCACCUGGCGCAGGGAACCGGAGCGGAGCGUGGCCCACCUGGUCCUGGGCAAGGGCCCACCUGGAGGAGCCUGGCAGGCGAUGGAGGGAUCGAUGGUCACUCUGAGUCUCGGGGACUGGAUGGAGAUGCCCGACCUGUCGUUCAGAGACUGGAUAACGAGGAGAGGGAGGCAGCUGAGGAACCACCGGGCCACCACCCGAGACGUGGCUCAGUACUACCAGCACUACGUGGAGGUGAAGGGCCUCCAGGAGCACUUCCGCUGCGGGGCCCUGGUCACCUCCGUCAGGGCCCUGCCUCCAGACCCCCCCCUGGGGGCCCCCUCUGUGGCCCCGGGGACUGCCGCGUCCGCUCUGUACGAGAUCCAGGGGGAGCUGGGGGAGCCUGAGGGCGGUGGGGGGAGCCCGACUCCAUUCCGCCUCUACGCCCGGAACGUGGUGCUGGCCACAGGGACGUACGACAGGCCGGGCCGGCUGGGCGUGGAGGGGGAGGAGCUGCCCUUCGUGACGCACAGCGUGGCUCGCCUGGAGGGGGCGCUGCGGGACCGCAGCCUGGGCCCCGCCUCCCAACCGCUCCUGGUGGUGGGGGCGGGGCUCACGGCGGCCGACGCCGUGCUGAUUGGCCGGGGGGCGGGCGUGCCGGUCGUGCACGCGUUUCGGCGGGGGGCGCGGGACCCCGGCCUGGUGUUCCACCAGCUGCCCCCCGUCAUGUUCCCCGAGUACCACAAGGUCCACGCCAUGAUGCGGGCGGCCCAGGACGGGGGCCAGUACCCCGGCUACGCCAGCCUGCCACGCCACCGCGUCCUGGCCUUCUCCCCCGACGGGACCUGCCUGCUGCAGGACACCCACAGCGGGAAGACCCGCCCCCUCCGCGUCGCCAUGGCGCUGGUGCUCGUGGGCUCCAAUCCCAACCUCUCCUUCCUGCCCGACGAGGGGCGGGGCCUGGCGCUGGACCCGACCCGGCUCAUCAGCGCCACGCGGAACCCCCUGGACACAGACCCCUUCUCCUACGAGGUCACCCAACGGCCCGGCCUGUACGCACUCGGACCCCUGGCCGGGGACGGGCUGGUCAGGUUCCUGCAGGGCGGGGCGAUGGGCGUGGCUGCCUCCCUGCUCCGGAAACCUGGUCUGACUGGGACUCUGUGAGAGAUGGGACUGCAGUGCUCCUACACACACACACACACACACGGACACACUCACACACAGUCUUCCUCCAGCCUACAGGGUGUACACACCUCCAGGGAGAGACUGAGCGGAGGACUGAGUUGAACUGAACAUUAAGGCCCGGACACACCAAACCGA